CUUUGCUUAUCGUCAUUGCUCGAGAGGAAUCAAGCUCUUAGUGCAUUGAAUGCUUGGAGACCGAUGACUAUCCCUAUGUCACAGUGGUUUCGACUCACUCAAUCAUAUGCACUUCAACAUACAGCGCAUGCUGCUUUCGCCUUUGCUUUCGCCUAUUCUUUGGGAGUGCUUGCAGGAUAUGUUUCGAUCACACACUUGCACACAGGGUGAGGACCUGCACAGGCUGUACAGAGAGCUCACAGAGAGUGAUGCAACCUGGGAGCUGCUGAUGUGAUGAAAAAUAAAGCCAAAGAAAAGCCAGCCAGUGAACUGAACAGGAGUGGGGACAUGGUGUAACAGUGUCUGACUAUACACAGCCACAGAUAGAGCUCAAUGUGUUGCCAUAUACCAUGGCGGAUUCUGUCUGACACAGUGUAAGGCACACGGAGAUGUGCGAUUCCAGAUAGCGCUGUGUAAGCCAUUUCACAAAGGGCCCAAUAGCAGGUGCAGAGACAUCGACAGUGUUGGAUUCACUGACUGUCACUGCAUGGAUGAAGACCGAUAGAUGGCAUUGGAUUCACUAAGCAAAGAGUGUCAGAUGAACACGGCCUAAAUAGCACUGGAUGCACCCAUACAGUUGGCAGUGGAUGAUCACGGACAGAUAGCAUUGGGAUCGGCUGAUACAGACGCAGAACGCUAGAGCUAGAUGAGCUACUGCAGAUAGCAGUGUAGAUCCACUGUUAGCGAGCUAGCGCAGGUAGGGAGUUGGAGUGGGAGGCAUAGCACCAUGAACCCCAGAGAGAGCGGAGGAGGAGUGGAGGACAUGGAGACCCAGGCGGGAGGUUUGGCGUUGGGGGAAGAGGGUGGCAAGGCCAGCCAUAGAGGAGAUGGAGAAGAGGGGGAAGAAGACAAGGCCUCAGCCUACGACUGCAACGUGUGUGGCCGCAGCUUCCCCUUCCAGAGCUCUCUGUCGCAGCACAUGCGGCGCCACACAGGCGCACGCCCCUACAAGUGUCCCUACUGUGACCACCGUGCCUCCCAGAAGGGCAACCUCAAGGUCCACAUCCGCAGCCACAAACUGCGCACACUCACUAGCCACCACCCCGAGGAGGAGGAGGGGCCAGAGGAGGAAGAGGAGGGGUCAGGUGAAGUGGGUGUGUCCGAGGGCCUGGACGGUGGAACCAGUCCGACGAAGAGCAGCUCGGCCUGUAACAGGGUCGUCAACGGCGACGCUAACACAGAAGAGGGCAUAGGGAAGACGGCGGUGAGGAGUGUCAAAAGGGAGAAGUCGAGCUCUGAGCAGCGGCCAUAUUGCUGCCGUCUGUGCGGGUACCAGACCCAGCGCGAGGACCAACUCCUCAGUCACAUCGAGAAGGUCCACAUCACAGCCGACAUGGAGGACGAGACUAACCCAGUGAGUCAGGAGGCAGUGGCAACGGAGGGAGAAGCAGGGACUCAGGUCACUGAUGGGGCCUUCCCCUGUGAGACGUGUGGCCAGGUGUUCACACAGGCCUGGUUUCUUAAGUCCCACAUGAAGAAACACGCAGGCCUCCUUGAGCACUGUUGUCGGGUGUGUGGCCGUCGCUUCAGGGAAGCCUGGUUCCUCAAGAGCCACAUGAAGACCCACAAUGGCUCCAAGGCCUCCGGCCGGGGGAAACCCAAGGCAGACUCCCAAGAGGCCGCGGCCACCAUCAACGACGUGGCCCAAGACCCAGAGACCAAUGUGACCUCCACAAGCCUUUACCAGGUUUGCUCCAAGUGUGGCAACCUGUUCCAUGACCGAGAGAGCCUGAGGGCCCACGAGAAGGUCCACAACCAGGCUAAGCAGCCGACACAGGGCCAGAGACCUAGUGACGACGGGGACUCUCCCAGUGCCAAAAGGCGCCUCUUGGACUACCUCAGCCUCCGCCCAGCUGACGAAGUAAAGCCCCAGGAAGAGAAGAGGCGCUUGGGCCAGAGAAUCCCCGAGCUGGACCCAGUUUGUAGCUACCAGGCCUGGCAGCUGGCUACUCGGGGCAGGGUUCUGGAGCCUGUGGAGUCAUACAGUAUAAAGGCUACGGUAGGUGGGGAAGGGGACGAGGCCCUGGCUGGAGGGACCGUGGUGUACGAGAAGGAGAGCAGCCGCUACAUCCUGGAGGGCCAGCAGAGGGAGAGACGCUCAGGGAGACGCAGCAGCGCCAGUGGGGGAGGGGGUAGUAGCCACCACACCUCCCCGGGGGAGCGCACCCCCGAGAGUCUGAGCGACUCGGAGUACCGUCCCUCCUCCCGCCAGGGCCGACGUCCCUCGUCCUUCCAGCAGAGCCAGUCCAAGUCCACCGAGUGCUUUGAGUGCGGAAAGGUGUUCCGCAGCCGCCACCAGAUGAUUGUGCACCAGCGGGUCCACCAGAGGCGAGACGGGGGCAGGGGUUCCGGGUCCGGAGGGGACAACAGGGCAGGGCAAGGAGUGGACCGCUGGGGAUCCACCAGUGACCCUGAAUCAGGCUCCCCCAGCAGGCCCAGCACCCCAGGGUACGGGAACUCACCACCAGCCUCCACCCUGGGAGAGGACGCCCCUGAGAUGAGCACCGCCAAUGCAGUCCAACUGGCAGAUGAGAAGUCUUAUGUCUGCAGCCUGUGUGACUUUGUCAGCACAGAGUCCUCUGCCUUCCUGUCCCAUCUACGUCUCCAGCACACCAGUGACGGCCGCCCCAUUCCAAUUCCCAACCCCAGCUCCAGCUCUGAGAGAGGCACCCCCAGUAGCUUCCCCAAGCUGAAGAGGGCCCUCCUCGAUGGGCUUGCUCAAUCCUCUGCCCCCCACCCUUACCUCUCUGCCCGGCCGUCAAGAGACAAAUGCACCGCCGAGGGCAGUUCACCCACUGACCCUCACCAUGUUGCUCCUCUGGACCUGUGUGUGAGAGCCGAGGGCCACAGGGGCCCGACCUCCUCAGCCCUUCAGCAGAAGGGCCUGCCCAGUCAUAAGUGCUCUUACUGCUCCCACUCCACCCACUACCUGGAGGUGCUGUGGAUGCACCAGACUGUCGCCCAUCGUAUCAACAGCAGCGCCCUGGCCCCCAAAUGGGCCCUCCUGAAGAAUGGCUUCAAAGGCCCCCGGGAGCUUUCAUCCUCCAGGAGACGCACGGGCCCUCCUCCUGCUCUGGAUGGGAGGGAGUGCCCCCCGUUGCCCCCUGUGGUGCGCACCCCCCGCACACGCCCCCCAUCGUUGAAUGGGGGCCAGAAGAAAGACGGCAGGGACAGGGCAGCCAGUCAACCCAGCACCUCUUCCUCCUCCACACAAGGAUCCUCCUCUUCUGCCUCAGGCUCCCAGAGUGUGCGGCCUUCCAGGGCAGGCAGCAGACAGAGAGGCGAGGCUGUGCCAGAUCAGGGCCACCGCUCUCGCUCCAACUCCAGGCCCAGGGUGGAGAUCUACCCACGGGGAGGCUCCUCGACCGGCUCCCUGGAGAAGAGCACUGCGGCCGGGGCUCCCCAGCGACCCUCAGCCCCUAGCCCCAGUGUUGGAGGAACCACCAGGCUGGUGGAUAGGUACAUGUUGCCUCAGGAAGGCCUUGGAUUCAUGCUGUCCAGCAAACAUGGCCUGGCAGAGUACAGCAGAGCCAGGAGCUCGCCUCAGCCCCAGCCCAAGCCCAGCAGCUCCCAGUCCCACACCCAGUCUCACCCCCAGUCCCAGGUCAGACCCAGGGCAGAGCGCCCAGCCCACAACACCACCACGGCAGGCCAGGGCUACGGAGCCUCCCACUCCCAGACACUAGGGAGCGCCGUCCAGGUAUCCUCCGCCUCUUCCUCCUACUCAGCCCAGCAUGCGGAGGUGAAACAGGAGGAGGCACGGAGGGUGGAGACACCAGAGCUGCCCAUGGACAUCUUGAGCUUCCUGAAGAACUGCAACUCCAAUGACCUGGCGACACUCUACCACCGCUGGGGCGCCGCCAACCCCCUACUGGACCCCACAGGGAUGCUGAGGUCUCUGGUUCGACAAGGGGAAUACGGCUGCCAAGAGUGUGGGAAGAGCUUCAGUCAGCCCAGUCACCUCCGCACACACAUGAGAUCCCACACAGUCGUGUUUGAUUAUAACGGACUCCGAGGUGCUGACGCUCAAACCAACCCCUCGGAAGCUCCCAAACAAGGGAGAGACCGUUCCGGUGCCGCCUCUGCCCGUACCGAGCCUCUCAGAAAGGGAACCUAAAGACCCAUGUCCAGAGUGUCCACCACGUGCAUUUCGACAACGCCCAGUACCCUGAUUACAGACCACCGGGACUGGGCCUCGAACAGGAGGAGGAGGAGGUAAUAACAGACCCACCAACGUGACAUCCCCAGGGCCUAAGAUAGAGAUAGAGACUCUAUCCAUAUUCCCAGCCCCUACCCAAAGACAGCAGAGAGACCUGAGAGCUGUGUCAGAGACACCACCUGACAGAGUGAAUGAACAGAAUGAACUCACCUAUUGCCCUUUUAGAUGAAAUAUUACCAGGACUAUUUGAAAUGUGUUUAAAAAUAAGAAAUAAAAGGAUUUCUUGGAAAGAGAAGAAAAAUCGGACACAACCAAAUGCUGUUUUGUUUCCUCUGUGGACCCAUGGGCAAGGAUGGCAUGGUGGCAUAGUGACGUUCCUAUAGCUUUCCAUUUUCCUAUUUUUCCCUAUUUGAUUUAGAUUGUGAUUAAAUGGUUUUGUGCAUUCCUCAGGACACUGAUCCCUUAAUAACACACGGCAGAAUGGAGCAGCCAAGUUGGUGAUGUUUACACUGACUGAACUGAACUCACUUAGCUAACCCUCCGAUUGCAGCUAACUUGACAAGCUCAAGACGGUGUGUGUGUGUGUGUGUGUGUGUGUGUGUGUGUGUGUGUGUGUGUGUGUGUGUGUGUGUGUGUGUGUGUGUGUGUUCUUCCUCUCGAGCACCACUAUGAUGAGUCCAGUAUGAGUGGCUAUAGUGAAGUGACCACUACACGAUCUGACUCCGAGGCUGUUUGGUCGGUUAUUAAAGAGAGAGAACAAGAGAGAGAGAGGGCUAAUGACAGUGUGAGAGGAGGUGCCUGCUUUGCUGCUCAUUAAAAAGAGUAUGUGCUUUUAAUGGGGGGUAUAAACGAGCGUGCGGUUUUAACAGUCAUUCAAUUAUUGGGAGGAGAAGAAGAGGCCGUUUUCUGAUCCCUCUGAUCCGAGCGUAGUCCUCCUCCCACACCCACACCUCCAACCUCAAAUUAGACCCACUUACUGAAACCUCUUAGCAGGAAUAAAGUGGUCUGACUGUUUGGUUCAAGUUGCCCUUACUCUCUUUUCUACUUGAGUAAGAGUAUACUCCUAAAAGCUAGUCCUCACAACAGUAGCUUUUGGGGGGGGAGCGGUUGAGAGGUCAGGCGUCUAGAGCUUUCAGGGAGCAUUGUUGGAGACAGUGUUUUGUUUCUGAUGGCUGCGGUGUGUGUGUGCGGCUUGUGUGUGUGCUGCUUGUGUGUGUGUUUUGCCCCUCCUUGAUUACCUCUGCGUAUUAGACUCCCUUUAGACGCUUUGCAUACUACCUCCUUUGCAAUAAAAGCUUGUUUUGGUUUUUGUACAGCCAGGUAUGAAGUGAGGACCAAAGCCAUGCUUGUAUACUGUAUAUAAGAUAUAAGGAGAGGCUUCACUGUAACCAUAUGUGUGAAGUUUUUCUCAAAGUUGCAUUCACCCUCAUAAAACGCCUCCUGGAUUCAUAGCCAUGCCUAUGACUAUUGGAUUACCUGUUUGUUAGGGCAGACACCAAAAAAAACAUUUUUUGCAACGGAAAACAAAAAUGAGCAUUUCUGAUUGGACAAAUCCAGAAGGGCCCUCCCUGUUUCAGUCCAUCUUCUUCCAUUGGGUGCCUAAUGAACACCACCCAGGUGAGGUGAAGCUCUAAUAAGUUAGUAAUUCUUGUUUUGGUGCAUGGGAUGUCAACAUGUUCGUUCAGACAAGCAGACUAUUGGUCAGACAGUCUUUUUGAGCAAACGUUGUAUACACGCAAGGCUACGUGCACUGUACAAGACACUGCAAAUGGCAAAGUGUGAGACAAAUAGAAGUGAAUAAUUAUCAGCUGUUUAGAAUUAAAACAACAAAAAAAAAUUGGGGGGGGGAUUCAAAGAUAUGGAAUUAUUGUCAUGGGAUAUAAUACUGUCUACUUUGAGACCUCGGUAGUAGUUUUUACAUGAACACAAGAUGAAACCAUUUCUGUGUCAGUUACUUUAUAUGGUUGGUUGAAUAUGCGUACAACAAUGUGCUUGCGUAUACCUACACAUACUGUAUGUGUAUAUUAAAGAUGGAUAGUCAAAUACUUGAAACGGAUAAUAUAGCCUAUCAAGUAGUGUCCUUAAUAAUUAGUGCCCUUAAAUACUGUUGUACAGAAUGACCCUUUAAGAUGAACUCCUAAAAUACACAUUUGUACUCCUAAGUGUGACUUAGCAGAUAUGAGCAGACCACGCGGGAGUGAGAGAGUGAGUAUUUGUGCGUGUGUGUAUGUAAGUGUGUGUGUCUGUAUUAUAAUCGUACCGAACCCGUUACAGCGUUAGAUACCAAAUGGCAUUUCCGGUGCACUUAGUCUAGGUUACUGCUUUAACCCGUUAUAACUGUCUUCUGUCUUGUUCUAUUAUUAUAGAUAUCCAUGAUUCAUUUAAUAUCAUUUGCUAUGUGUUUUUUUUUUUUUAGGCGUUUGUUUUUUUUAUUACACUGCUCAGUUCAGUUUUCGAAUGGAAAACGAUAGGCGCAUAAAUAUGUUUCAUAAAGAGCGUGUUUUUAGUCUCUCUCUCUUUGCUAAAAAAAAAAGUAGAACUUCUUCAGUAGAUAGCCAUGGUUACCCUCCCAAAGAACGUGGUGAAAGUCAUUAUUUCUAUUUGGUUGGGGUUUUAACAAUGUCUCCAAGUUGUGUGUGUGUGUGUGUGUGCGUUGGCUUUUUAUUUGUAAUUAACUACAUUGUAAUUGUUCCGUAGAUGACAUUAUUUGGAAUGUAUUUGGUUGACAUCUGUAUUUAUUAGUUACAAUGAUCAGAGCAGAAGCAGACAGGACUCGUUUUAUUUGAUCCUUUUCAGAUGUGUUUUUACACUUUGUUUUCACUGUCCCCGAUGAAAGCUCUACCUCGUCUGAGACCUUCUCGGUUCUGUUAAAGUUUUGUACAUCGUUGCAGAAAAUGUAAAGUCAUCAUGUCCACAUUAAAUACACAAAUAUGGCACCAUUCAACCGGUUUCAUCAGUCUCCCUUGCUUGCAUGUGAUAGAAUGAGCAGCAUCCUGUUGGGAUCUGAUGGAAUACUGUAGGCUCCUAGGGGAGAGUGGGGUAAGUUGUGCCAUUUUUUUGUUGAAUUUUCAGGAUCACUUUGUCAAGGGAAAUAUAGUAUUCUUUCUAACAAAGAUAUCUACAUAUAUUUCAGGAUGUUGUGUAUCUCUGGAAAUAAUCUGAAUUCAUGUUACCAUUACAGUUUUGAAAAUAUUGACUUAAGUUAAGGUACCUACACAUUUUUAGACUGAAUUAAAUAUUCCCGCUACCUUUUUAAAACCAUGUCUAUGUUAAUUUCCCAAAUUCAAUUCAACAUCACUUUUUUGUCUUUUAAUCAUUUAAAGCAUAUUUUAACGCAGGCUUAACACCUAACAGACACUUUUUUUAAAAACACUUUGAACAUCGUUCCAGCGACAAUUCCUUGCAUUAUACCUGGGG